AUGCUCGUUCGGUCCGCACUGGUACGUCGAAGAAGGUGGAGCUGGUUGGUUUUGCUGGCGAUCCUUGUCAGCACAGCAUUUAUCUUCUACACCAUUGAUAUGCAGAGCAGAACUGCGGUUCAAAGAAGCAAGAGAGUUCCAUUAACUGAAUUCGAAUAUUCGGAGGACGUGAGGGGAGAAAUGGACCUCUCAUCAGAUUUGUCCUAUGGAGUAUGCAGUUCUAGUCCACAGAAUAACAUGACAUCUGAAAUUGACACAUUCGAGGUGUAUCGGGACCACAUUGCGCACGGCGUAUCGCCACCGGAUUCAGAAAUACAACGACUUCCCAGCCGUGACAAACUAAAAGUGUUCGUGCUGCCGUUUACGCAUGUGGAUCCAGGUUGGCUGCAGACAUUCGAAUCAUAUUCUAAGGAUACAGAUUCCAUAUUGAGUAAUAUGCAUCGCUUCAUGACCUCAAACAGAAAUAUGACUUUUAUGUGGGCAGAGUUAAUAUUUUUCGAAAAAUGGUGGUCCAAACAGAACAUCUCCGUCAAGGAUGAUGUACGCGGAUUAGUGAAGUCUGGUCGAUUGGAACUGGCGUCUGGAUCGUGGGUGAUGACCGACGAAGCCAAUGUGUAUUAUCCCGUUACUGUCGACAACAUCGUGGAGGGCCACCAAUUUUUGUAUGAGGAAUUUGAUGAUGUCAAACACACAGUAGUAUGGUCAAAUGAUCCGUUCGGAUACAGCAAUUCAGUUCCAUACAUAUUCACUCAAGCAGGAAUCAAACGCGCUGUCAUUAACCGAGUCCACCAUGACGUAAAGCGAUAUCUACAGAAGAGGAAAGCAAUACCGUUCGAAUGGCGACAGUACUUUGAUCCCAAUGGGAGUUCGGGCAUGCUCACGCAUGUUCUACCGUAUACACAUUACGAUAUAUUGAACUCAUGCGGACCAAAUCCUGGUAUAUGUUGCGAAUUCGAUUUUAAAAGAAUCACUCACUUUAGUUGUCCCGGCACGAAACCUGUUCCAAUCACUUCGGCAAAUGUUGCAACCAAACCAAGGUUAUUGUCGACUACUACUAACAGCGAUUGUAAAAUUGGAACCGAGAUGGGACCGUCGCAAACUGCAGCGGUAGAUGGUGACAGCAAGGGUUUCGCCACGCUCCCUGCUGCUACACUCCACCAGAGCGGCUCGAGAGAAGCCACGUACGCAACUGCAGCCCGUGCUCUAGUUUCGCAACUACAUGAAAUGGCUCAAAUGUACGAAUCCAAUGUGCUGCUAAUGGUGCAUGGCGAUGAUUUCCGUUACAACAUGAUUGAGGAAUGGCAUCAACAACACGACAACUUCCUGCCACUGUUCGAGGAAAUUAACAGGAACGAACUUGCCGAAAUCAGAUUUGGUACAUUCUCGGAUUACUUUGAUGCGUUAGAGAAAUGGUAUGCUGACAAUGGGAAGAAGCCUGUCACUCUAUCGGGCGACUUUUUUCCUUACAAAUGUGCGAUGGGCGACAUCUGGACCGGAUACUUUAGUACGAGACCUUUCAUAAAGAAAAGAGAAAGAUCUGUGCACAACAUUAUCCGUGCUGCCGAUAUAAUUGCUGCUCAAGCAGAAAGCAAAAUGAAUGUCAGUUUGCGGAAAGAAGUGAAAAACAAGUUGCGAAGUGCCCGUCGAAUCCUGAACCUUAUCCAACAUCACGAUGCCAUAACAGGCACAAGCAGAAAACAUGUGAUGGCGGACUAUUCGGCACUGCUUCACAACGCCAGCAAUUUCGCCCGGGCUGCUUUUGAAGCAGCAGCCGGAUUUCUUGCAGGAAGUAAAGUUUACACGUUGGAAUAUUCCGGAAACCACACAGAAACGGAGACAAUAGCACUCAUAAAAACCAGUGAAGUUGGCACAGUAACAAUCAACGUCUUCAAUUCGCUUCCCUACAACGUGGAAGAUGUGGUAACGCUCCGAGUCGACUCAGUGCAUGUCGCUCUCAAGAACGAUGAGGGCGAUGUGGCAGCACAAAUUGAACCGUUUAUUCAUCAUGGUGAAAUUUCCAAGGAUGAGUUCCUCCUUUGCUUUCGAUGCCACCUGAGGGCACUUUCAACGUCGUCGUUCACCCUCAGGACUAACGUUGAGCACAAGUCUACAAGUGUUGUUAAUGUCUUCACGCACAAGGAUUUCUAUGAACACUUCACCAAAGUUUUGCCCAAGGUCUUCCAACUGAAAGUGAUAACAUCCAAAGACUUCAUGCUGAAGAAUAAGCAAUUAAAAACAUCGCAUGAUGAAAGAACUGGAUUGUUGACCCACGUCAGUACGACAGCUACAGGGAGAACCCAGGUCAGGACAGAGUUCCACAAAUAUGAGUCAGCGUUUGGUGGAGCAUAUCUGAUGAGGGUGCAACAACCUUCAAAGCCUCAUGCUACUGGCAAUACGCCGCGCUUCAUUACGAAAGGACUUAUUCAACAAAAUGCACACUUAUUCCUUCAAAAUAUCUACGAAAAAAUAACAAUAAAAAAUGUCGAAGGUUCUUUUGGACAGCAGGUGCAUUUAUUUCUAAGAGUGGAUAUUAGGGGAACUACGAAUACUGAGAUGCUGAUAAGAUUCGUCACGGACCUGCAGAACCCAAUGUUCUACGCAGACAGCGCAGGAAUGCAGCUCAUGCGUCGACAACGCUACGAUAAACUCAGCGCUCCUGCAAACUUCUAUCCCAUGCCUAGUGCAGCAGUUCUCGAUGAUCAGUCCAAAAGAAUCACGAUUGCUAGCAAUUUGGCACACGGGGUUUCACCAAACACUCAACAAGGAGCAGACGUUAUUCUAGAUCGCAUGCUGAAUCAGGACGAUGGAAAAGGACUGGGAACGGGCCCUGAUUCGCUACCUACCGAUAUUUUACCCGUUGAAAUGCGAUUUUCUCUUCUUAUUGAAAAAGUAAAGACACCUGAGAGGGAUGAGUACUCCACCUAUCAUACUCUUGAUGGACACCUCGCCGUGCAGGGUAUACUAUAUCCUCCUGUCGUGACUAUGAGUUCAAGCCGAAUACCGUCACUUCGACUGCGGAGCGCUCUUCCGUGCAAUCUACAUCUGCUUACAAUUCGCGCUGUUGGAAAUGGAAAACAACUUCUCAGCAUCUACAACAGUGGUGUUGUUUGUCGCACAGACUCUGCUGCUUUUUGCUCAGGUGAUUUACAGAAAUGGCUCGUCUCCUAUUUACGCGCCUUGAAUGUUGCGAAAGUUCAGGAGACAAAUCUUGCGGGUGUCACUCCUCUAUCGAAAGAGAUUUCUGUUAAUGAUUAUAUUCCUACUGUAGAGCCGUACAAGUUUCUUUCAUUAUUGUUGAGUUUUUCCCACUAA